AUGGAUAUACGACACACGGAACGAAAACUACCAAUUUCUCUCAAGGAUCUCGACUUGUAUACGAAUCGUGAACAAAAGAAAAAGAUUCAUGUUUCAGCUUAUCUAUCUUCCUCAUUCACAGGGGUUUCAACGUCGAAAUCAGGACCUCCAUCUCUUGUGAGCUUAUGUCUUGGGGUUGUUGGGAAGCAUUUGGAGGAAAUUAUUCCUUGUUUACCUGAUAUCUCUCUCAUACUUCCUGCUGGCAUUAAGAUGUCGAUUGCAGCCAUUGCCAAAAGAAGAAAGCUACUGGAUGAUGAUGUGAUUAUCUCUUUGGCUGACAGCUCCUGGGAAAUUCUAGACAUUAGCGGUUCAGAUGUUUCGAAUUCUGGCUUAGCUAAAGUGGCGGAAAUGUGCAAAUCUCUCCGAGCUGUGGACAUUAGCCGAUGCAAGAAAAUCACAUCCAUGGGCGUCUCAGAGCUUCUACAACACUGCCGAUCAUUGGAUACUCUAAGAUGCGGAGGAUGCCCGAGCAGCGAGUCCACCGCACGCAGGUCUUUGAGUUUGUUUAAGCCAAACUUGAGUGAUGCUGAAGGAGAAACAUGGGAAGAGCUAGACACUGAAGAGAUUGGUCAUGGUGGUCAAUCAGUGCGUUGGCUUGUUUGGCCACGAAUUGGUAAGGAUUCAUUGGAGAUGUUAACCAUGGAGUGCCCAAGAAUUGUGGUGAAUCCCAAGCCCUCACUUCUCACGUACAGUAUACAAGGGUUUCCUAGAGAAGCACUACCAGAUAUUUCACUGGACGAACCAUUUGUGAAAGAUAUUGAUCCUAAAACGUGGGCUGUUACUGGAGUUGUGCAGAAGAAGCCCACAUCAUCCUCGUCGUUAUCCUUCAACGAGCUCCCAAUAGCAGAGAAGUUCAGACUCGCGUUUGUAGAGAGAGAUGCACGAUUGGCCCCUAAACGUGCAAAGAAUGCAAGGCAACAUCAACGUCGUGCUGAGAGGAAUUGGAUGAUGUCAAGUGACGAAGCGAAAGCAAUGGCUUGGGCAUCAAAAGCCAACAGGUCUUUGCACAAGAGUUAG